CACGGCUGAUGCACCGCGCGCCCACAUUUAUAGUGAUGAUGAUGAAUAUUAUUAUGAGAGUUGCUCACUUUCUUUCUUGUACCCCAAAGUUCAGUCUUUCAAAAUUUUCCACAUACAAAAUACUGAGUAAGUGCUAAAUUUUCGCUCGAGAAGAAGAGAAAGAAAAGACAGAGCUCCGAAGACCGGGCAUUCCCCUUUCUAACACCGCGCCGAUCUUCCUUCUCUGCCAUUUUUUCAAUAAUAACUAUCCCAACAAGGGGAAUUUUUUUAUAGAGACAAUACAAUUUCUUCCUGAAGAGUAUGGCAUUGGCAAGGAUUGCAAGGAAUGGCCUAAGGCGCUCGGGAGGCACUCUUGGCAUUCAUGCAACCGACAAUUGUAUACUACCUGCACAAACAACCCCUUCACCAACCUUUGGAAAUGCUACCUCAAUCGGCAAUCUCGAUCAUCUCUCAACUACUAAAAAGGUGAACCAAACAAGUCUCAAGAGCAUAGGCACAAUGAGGUUUAUGCCUCCAUAUCGUUUUUCUCAUUCACAAGCACAAAGGGCUGAGGUAUCUGAUUCUGAGCAAGAAAGCCCAAAGUAUCCCACAUUAGAAGCUACAAAGCCGGGUGAGAAGCCGAGGGUGGUGGUGCUCGGUUCGGGUUGGGCAGCCUGUAGGUUUCUUAAAGGGCUCGACACAAGUGUGUAUGAUGUUGUUUGCAUCUCACCUAGGAACCAUAUGGUCUUCACACCUUUGCUUGCAUCGACGUGUGUUGGGACCCUCGAGUUCCGGACAGUAGCUGAACCGGUCGGUCAGAUACAAACAGCAUUGGCAAAGGACCCAAAUUCCUAUUUCUUUCUUGCCAACUGCACUGGUGUUGACACUGAAAAACAUGAGGUGCUCUGUGAGACAAUUGGUAACGGUGGACAGAGUCUGGAGCCUUACCGGUUUAAAGUUGCAUAUGACAAACUUGUGAUUGCUUCUGGGGCUGAACCCUUGACAUUUGGUAUAAAGGGUGUGAAGGAACACGCUUUUUUCCUUCGUGAAGUAAAUCAUGCACAAGAGAUCAGGAAAAGGCUUCUCUUGAACCUCAUGCUCUCUGAAAAUCCAGGUGUAUCCGAAGAAGAGAGGGAACAAUUGUUGCACUGCGUUGUUAUUGGAGGUGGCCCAACGGGUGUUGAAUUCAGUGGCGAGUUGAGUGAUUUUAUAAUGAGAGAUGUUCGUCAACGAUACACUCAUGUCAAAAACUACAUCCGUGUUACCCUUAUUGAGGCAAAUGAGAUUUUAUCCUCAUUUGAUGUUGGAUUGAGAGAAUACGCAACAAAACACUUGACCAAGGUCGGGGUCCGCUUGGUACGUGGCAUUGUGAAAGAGGUACACCCUAAGAAAAUAGUUCUGAGUGAUGGAAGUGAAGUUCCAUUUGGGCUCCUAGUUUGGUCUACCGGAGUUGGCCCAUCCCAAUUUGUAAAAUCGCUACAUCUCCCAAAGUCCCCUGGAGGAAGAAUUGGUGUAGAUGAAUGGUUGCGAGUCCCUGAGGUAGAUGAUGUGUUUGCUCUUGGUGAUUGUGCCGGUUUUCUGGAGAAGACCGGGAGACCAGUCCUACCAGCUCUUGCUCAGGUUGCAGAAAGACAAGGAAAGUACCUUGUGGAGGUGUUUAACAGGAUCGGAAAGAAAACUGGGGGAAAAGCCUUAUCUGCAAAAGAUUUAAAGCUGGGAGACCCUUUCGUCUACAAUCAUCUUGGAAGUAUGGCUUCUGUAGGGCGUUACAAGGCUCUGGUUGACUUGCGCCAGUCCAAGGACUCCCAAGGUAUUUCAAUGGCAGGCUUCGUGAGUUGGUUCAUAUGGCGAUCGGCUUAUUUGACACGAGUUAUCAGCUGGAGAAACCGGUUUUAUGUAGCUGUGAAUUGGGCAACAACACUAGUCUUCGGUAGAGACAACUCCAGGAUAUGACAGGGCUCCAAUUGAGAUAAUGUUAAAAGCAGUAGGCUAUUUUUUUCUUCAUAUUUUUGAAUUAAUUCCUAUGAUGUUGUACAAAUUGUCUGCUUUUUGCAGUAUGUGUUUUGUUGAUGACAACGCCCUUGCUAUUAAUGAUUCUCGGAAUUGUAAAGACACUAAUAACCAUAUUUAUGCCAACAAUAGAAAAAUUUGUAUUAAUAACCAAUUCAUAGUGAUUUUGAAAUACAAUUCUUAUUUAGAGAACGGUUAUUAA